AUGGUUGAAUUACACAAGAAACGACGUCUCUCGGACGCCGAGAGCCCCGAAAUCAAAGUCGAGGCCACUACACCCGCCGCCGAGGCCUCGACCGCACAGAACAAGAGAACUCUUUUCGUCCGCUCACUACCCACCUCAGCCACGACAGAGAGCCUGGCAGAACAUUUCUCGCAAUCCUACAUUAUCAAACACGCUGUUGUUGUCUGUGACAAAGAGACAAAGGUGUCCAAGGGAUUCGGUUUUGUUACAUUCGCCGAUGUCGAGGAUGCGGAGAGCGCUCUGAAGGAACUCAACGGGUCCAAGUUUGACGGGAAAAUCAUUCGCGUCGACUAUGCCGAGUCUCGUAAGCGUGAGAUCGAUGAGAAAAUUGGACGCAGUGUCCCCACUGCCGCAUCCCGCGAGACCAAGAAGCAGAAGGAAGAGGAGAGAGGGCAGGGCCUGCCGCCCAAGCUGAUUGUUCGCAAUCUGCCGUGGAGUAUCAAGGAGCCCGAGGAUCUGAAUGUCCUGUUCCGCAGCUUUGGAAAAGUCAAGUUUGUUACCCUCCCCAAGAGGAAUGGCAAACUUUCUGGUUUCGGUUUCAUUACCAUGCGUGGCAGGAAGAACGCCGAGAAGGCAAUGCAGAUGAUCAACGGAAAGGAGAUCGAUGGACGUCAACUCGCUGUCGAUUGGGCUGUUGAGAAGGAAGUUUGGGAAACUACCAAGAAGGAAGACGUCGACGAGGAGGAGGAGCAGAAAGAGGAGAAGGAGUCUGAUGAUGUUGAGACGGAAGAUGCCGAGGGUGUUCUGGAGGAGCCCUCAGACGACGAAACCUCUUCCGACGAAGACGACGAUGAGGACGACGAUCUCGAUGAACUAGACGACUUGGACGAUGAUGAGGCAGAGGAGGAGGAUGACCGAAAUGCCACCACAAUCUUCAUUCGCAACCUCCCCUUUACCGCCACAGACCAGGCCCUCUACGACCACUUCAAAACUCACUUUGGACCGCUACGGUACGCACGUGUGGUCCUUGACUACGAGACCGAACGCCCUCGAGGCACAGGAUUCGCCUGCUUCUGGAAGCCCGAAGACGCCAACACAUGCAUUCGUGAAGCCCCCCGAGGAGCCGAAGCCAUGGCCCCUAACAAGGACAAGCCUAAGUCAAACACCGCUAUGAAGCACUCCGUCCUUCAAGAUGACAACUCCGACCCCAGUGGUCGCUACACCUUGGAAGGCCGCGUCCUACAAGUCGCACGGGCCGUUAGCAAGGGCCAAGCCGCCAAGCUGGAAGAGGAGGGAGUAUCACGCCGUAUGGUCCGCGACACAGACAAGCGCCGCCUGUACCUCCUCAACGAGGGUACGAUCCCCUCCAACUCCCCACUUUACAAGAAGCUCUCUCCCUCCGAAGUCAAGAUGCGCGAGGACAGCUACAAGCAGCGUGAGACCUUCAUCAAGAAGAACCCAGCUCUCCACCUCAGUCUCACCCGUCUCGCCAUCCGUAACCUCCCCCGCCAGAUCGACUCCAAGGAAUUGAAGCAGCUUGCUCGAGAGUCCGUCGUCAACUUCGCCAAGGAUGUCAAGGCGGGCGCACGCCACCCGCUCUCAAAAGAGGAGCAGCAGCGAUCCCGUGAUACCAUGAAGGAGCUGGAGCAGCUGCGCAAGCAGAAGAAGAUGGGUAUUGUGCGCCAGGCCAAGGUCGUCUUCGAGACUCGCGAGGGUACCAAGGUCUCCGAGAAGACUGGAGGUGGUCGCAGUCGUGGAUACGGAUUCAUCGAGUUCUUCACUCACCGUCACGCACUGAUGAGUUUGCGCUGGCUGAACUGCCACUCCAUGGCAGUUCCUCCUUCUGCUCAGGAUCCCGAAGACCGGGAUAAGAAGAAGAGCCUCGUUGUUGAGUUUGCCAUUGAGAACGCCCAGGUCGUUAAGCGCCGUAAUGAGCUGCAGGCUAAAUCCCGCGAGCCCAGGCCCAAGCGCUCAGAUGAUGCCGAGGGUGACGGAGAGAGGGGUCAAAAGAGGAAGCGCUCUGAUACUCGUGGUGGUAAAGGAAAGGAUGGAAGAGACGCACGAGGUGGACGAGAUGGCCGGGAUGGCCGGGAUGGCCGGGAUGGACGGGACGCGAAGCGUGGCAAGACUGGAAAUGGAAAGAGCCCCAAAGAUGAGAAGGUGAAUGAAGACGAGGACAAGGCCGCUAAGCGCAACCGCAUUAUCGGACAGAAGCGCAUGAAGCGGAAGUCCCGUAAGGGGAAUUAA